AUGUGGCUCAUGUACUUGCUGAGCUAUAUGGACCGAACGAACAUUGGCAACGCCAAAGUGGCCGGGAUGACCGAUGACUUGCGUAUGGACUCGAAUGAUUACUCCGUCUCUUUGGUAGUGUUCUUCAUAACAUAUGUCCUCUUCGAAGCCAAAGUGCAAACUUACGAGCAGUUAAUUGCGCUGAGGGUCGUUGUUGGAAUCCUGGAAGCAGGUUUCGCUCCAGGCAUUCUUCUCAUCCUUUCUUCGUGGUACAAGAAGGCCGAGCAGUCGAAACGAUUUGCAGUAUACAUCUCUGCAGCCGUUCUAUCGGGGGCAUUCGGGGGGAUCAUCGCAGGAGCGAUCACUGAAGGCCUAGAGGGCGUACACGGUCUGCGUGGCUGGCGUUGGCUCUUCAUCAUCGAGGGCGCAGCAACUAUAGGAUGGGCGCUCGUUGCUGGCUUCAUUCUUCCCGAUUUUCCAGCCAACACCAAGAAGUUCGACACAAGAGAGAAGGAGCUUGCUAUCUCGCGCCUUGAGGCUGACGAGCACUAUACCCGGAGCGAGGAUGGCCCUCACAUCAGCUCUCUAGAGGCCAUGAAGCAAGCUCUGUUUUCCUGGAGAGUCUGGAUUCACAUUGGCGGAUAUAUGGUGAUCGUUGGAUCCAGUACUCUCUCGUACUUUUACCCAACCUUGGUCGAGGGGCUUGGCUAUACCUCGCAUAUGGCCCAAUACAUGGUGGUCCCGAUCUAUGCCGUGGCGUUUGUCUGUGUGGCCAUCACUGGCUAUUUCAGCGAUCAGUAUCCGGCGCAGAGAGGGCUCAUCAUCACCGGCUGGCUGGUCGUUGCUAUUAUAUGUGCGAUCGUAGUCUGUGUCGUCUACGACUUCACAGCGCGGUAUGCUUUGCUUGUCAUAAUGGCGGCUGGUCUGUGGUCAUCCAACGGUCUGGCGCUCAGCUACGCGUCGAGUGCCUUUGCCAACAUGCCCCAGGAGACCAGAGCGGUAUCGUUGGCGUUGGUCAACGCGCUUGGAAACCUGGCACAAAUCUACGGAGCAUAUCUGUUUCCUGCCAGUGAUGCGCCGAAAUAUCUCUUGGGCUUCGGUGUCAUUGCCGGGAUGGCGGCAUUUGGUGUAGCUACGUAUAUUGCAGCAUAUGUCUUGCUGAGAAAGUAG